AUGCCACGAAUCGAGGAAGAGGUGGACGAGAGUAAAAAAGUGGAAUUUGAUGAUGAUUUUGAUAUGCCAUUGAGUGCAUUAGGAGGUCAAGGAAAUCAAGGAGCUUUGCUGGAGCAUGUUGAUGAUAUUUCUAAGCCUGCAACUGCACCGACAACCGUACCCGCACCAUCAACAAGUACAAGUUCGAGUGCACCACCACCACCUGCAUUCCCUGGUAUGCCCGGCAUGCCUGGACUUCCUUCUCAAUUCAUGGAGGAAGAACGUAUACCUUUACCCGUCAUAAUCGACACUAACGCAACACCACGUAUGAAGCCAGUAAGAGAUGAAUUAGAAUUAGAAGACUACAAGAAUUGGUUGACGCUUUAUCCUUUAUAUUUUGAUGCAAAAGCUAGUCAAGAACAGCGUAGAUUAGCACGUAAUAAGUGUGUUUGGUGGCCUCUCGCGAACGAUUUGGCCGAAUGUGCAGGAAACCUUGGUUACAGAGUUUUAUUUGAACCUACAAAGACACAUCCAAGUGAUUGGGAGAAUCCAGGUAGAAUAAAGCUUGAAAUACAACCUGGCAUGAAAGUAAAAGCUAUAACAGAAAUAGCCAAAGAAUUAAAGGACAAAUUACAAGAUGACACACAAUUAGAUAAACGCACACAUAAAUUACCUUCUGCACCUAAGGGUAUAACGCUCAGACGACCAGCUUGGUCACCCGCUAAACCUGUUGGUAUGUACGUUAAGACAGCAAAUGAUCAACCACCUCCAGAGCCAAUUAAGAAGGUCGACGAAGCACCAAAGAAGGAAAAGAAACCAAAGAUCAAGCGAAAGAUUAUGCGUGUUGGUUAAAAAUUUCUCAUAGACUUUAUUUUCAUUUUU